AUGAGUCGACGAGGCGGUCCUGAAAGGGGCCGUGGUGGUCGUGGUGGUGGCGACUUUGGAGGUCGAGGUGGAAGAGACAAGCAAAAGAAGCUCAUCGAUGCCCUUCGAAAGGUACCAACCAAGCCGGAGCGCCCAACACGCCCUGGCUUUGGUACCCUGGGCAAGCCCAUCACUUUGCGCGCCAAUUUCUUUGCAGUCAAGCUUCCUAAAGGCCCUCUGUACGAGUACGAGAUAAAGGUCGAGCCCACAACCUUUCUGAACAAGCGCAAAGACCGUAUUUUCCAGUUGCUUGAGGCCAAUCCUCAGGUUCGUCCGCAUCUGGGCGUUAUUGCUCAUGAUAGAAGUGCACGCCUCGUGUCGGCCGUGAAGCUUCCAAUUUCGGGUGUAGCAGUACCAUUCUUCGAAGAGGGCCAGAAUGGCCCCCCGACUGGUGCUGUCACAUACCAGGUUUCCUUCGUCUUCAAGGGCGAGCUGAACGUCAAUGAACUCUCCAAAUACCUCAACGCUGACAAGGAAUACCGAGAUUACGAUCCAUUACCCAUCAUCUCAGCCCUCAAUCUCGCGCUGCAGCAGAAUCCUCUACGCACAGGUGUGCGUAUCGGACAGAAUAAAUAUUACUUUCCGCCACUACCUAAUGAGCGCAGGGGUCUGGGACCCGGUAUUUUGGCUUGGAGAGGGUUUUCUACGUCUGUUCGGCCGGCUUAUCAGCAACUAAUGGUUAACAUCAAUGUCUGUAUGGCCCCGUUCGUCGAGCCAGGUAACCUUGCAGAUGUUCUUGUGUCGUUCAACCGGAAUUCUUCAGGUGGAAUGCCAACACUUCCCAAGGAGCUAGCCAGAAGCAUUAAAGUUGUCACUAACCAUCUUGGUCAUAAACGUCGGUACAAGCUCUGGGAGAUUGGCCGCAAGUCUGCUCGGAAUACUACUUUCCCGUGCGAGGAAUUUGGAAAGAAGAACAUGUCAGUCGAGGAAUUCUUCAAGAGAAAAUAUAACAUUACUUUGCGUCAUGGAGCUGACCUCCCAGUUGUCAAUGUCGGGAGUAUCAAGAAACCAACAUGGCUACCCGCGGAACUGUGCACGAUCGAAGCUGGGAAUCCGUACCGAGGACGGCUAGGCGAACAAGAGGUUUCACAAAUGAUUCGAUUGGCGUGUAACCCUCCGCGCGUUAACGCGGAGUUUAUUGUUGAUGAGGGGUUCCAAAGACUAUCCCUUUCGCCUCCUCAGCCGCCCAUCGACGGGUUUGGCCUCUCCAUCGACCUGGAAAUGGCUGUCAUUCCAGCUCGUGAACUCGCCCCUCCAUCGUUGUCGUAUCGCGUUGGUGUACCGAGAGUAGCCAACGGUUCGUGGAAUAUCCUUGAUGUCAAGUUCCACCGCGGUGCGACUGUCAGCGGAUUCUGGGUGCUCCCGAUACGGGAACGAACGCAGAACAGAUAUCCAUCCCCGGAUCAGAUACAGCCACUGAUCAUAGCGUUUUCGAGGAAGCUGCAAUCGGCUGGGAUGAAUGUUCCAGGAGGGAUGCCGCGAUUGCUGAAGGAGCUACCAGCGCUACCUCCUGUGCACGAGGAUCCUGGGAGGGUCAAUUCUCUGAGAACUAUCAGAUCGUAUUUGCAGCAUGCGAUGCAAACAGGUCCUAGGCCGAGUUUUGUGUUGGUAUUGUUAAUGCAUAGGGAUAAUUUCAUUUAUCCUGGUGUCAAACGGAUCGGAGACUCUGAGCUGGGAUUGCAGACGGUUACGAUGCAGCUUGAGAAAGCCUUGAGACAGGACAAACAGGACCAAUACCUCUCGAAUAUCGCGUUGAAGGUGAAUACGAAGCUUGGCGGGAUCAAUCACAAGUUGGACGAUCAAGCGAUGAGGUGGUUGCGUAAGAAGAAGACAAUGAUGGUGGGGAUCGAUGUUACCCACCCUACUCCGGGGACAAGAUUUGGCACUCCGUCGAUCGCGGCGGUCGUGGCGAGUGUGGAUGAUGAUUUUGUCCAAUUCCCGGCGAGCAUGAGGAUCCAGAGGCCUGAUGCCAAUAGGCAUUCGAAGGAGGUCGUCGAGGAGCUGCAGCAUAUGUUGCUCGAACGUCUGUUAGCUUAUGAGAAGAAGAACAAGGCAUUGCCGGAGAGGAUUCUAGUGUUCCGGGAUGGUGUCUCCGAGGGCCAAUAUGAUAUUGUCAUUCGAGAGGAGCUUGUACAAAUCAAGGAGGCUGCGAAGAGACUGAAUACCAAGGACAGAAAGGCGUAUAAACCGCUUGUAUCUGUCAUCAUAUGCGGGAAGCGCCAUAAUGCUAGGUUCUACCCUACAAAUGGUCCAGAUGCAGAUAAGAAUGGUAACACGAAACCUGGGACAGUGGUUGACAAGGGUGUUACCGGAGUAUUUGAUUACGAUUUCUAUCUCCAAGCGCACGCUGGUCUGCAGGGCACCGUCAGGCCAACGCAUUACGUUGUCAUCUACGACGAGAACAGCCUUGGUGUGGAUGAUCUUCAGAAGGGAACGAACGAUGCCAGUUAUUUGUACGCGCGGGCCACGAAAGCUGUGAGCCUCAUUCCCGCGGCAUAUUAUGCGGAUCUUGCAUGCGAGAGGGGAAGGUGCUAUUUGAAUGACUUCUUGACGGACGACGCCUCGACUGUUUCUGGGUCACUCAGCCGGGAUGAGGAGGCGGCGAGAGUGUUUGAUGCUGCGCGUAAGGCUUGGGGCAACGGGCUCCAUGACAAUAUUAAGGACAGUAUGUUCUAUAUCUAGAGCCGCGAAUUUAGUAGGACGGAGGAAUCUGUUUGGUGUAUAUGUUGUAGUGUGUUUGUGCUGUCUAUCUUGAUGUGCUUUUGUACCGUCUAUUUGUUGUCUUGCAGCUGUUUUCUUGCUGUCGUUUUGUAAUACUAUAUAGCUGACGGUUGUCUUUUUGGCCAUGUAUUGAAUUAUACGACCACUGUGACUUCGACGAUUACCCAGGACCAGAGGCGAUGACUUGGGGACUUGUAUGUCGCUAGGGUUCAGCGCUCAGCAAGGGCAGAUUAAUCAAGGUUCUCUGGUCUUUGAAUUCCCCAGUCCUUUCAUCUUCCAUUUGCAAACGGUGUCUAAACUGAAAGAAAAUCAUAACGAAACAUGAAAGUCUCUAUUUUUCGUUAAAGCGGGUCUCUCCAAGUACCAAGUAAGUCUGAGUGAUCUCGAUGUCAGGGUACCUUCACAAAGGGAGUCUGCGGAACACCUUCACGCUGUG